GUCUAAAAUAUUAAAAAUAAUAUAUUAUCAAUUAUAAAUAAUAAUACAAUAUAUAAAUAUUAAUAAAAAAUAUAAAGUUUUUUUUUUAUUGGUUAUGAAAAAUCUUUAAAAAGACAGAAUAAACAAUAAUAAAUAUUAAAAAUGUUGUUUGGGUUAAGAAAAUGGGUAGCAAAGAAAAUCACAAAUUCUUUAGAUACGACAUUAAUAUCAAUUAACGAAACAUUAAAAACAUUUAUUGAAGAAGUUUGGCAACUAAUAGCACAAUUAGCAAAUAUUGUUAUUGUUGCAGUAUUGGGAUUGUUUUAUAAGCAGGGGUAUCAAUCAUAUUGGGAACAAAAGAAUCGUAUAAAAAGAAAGUCAGCAAAAAAACCAAAUACAAGAAAAAAACAAUCACCAUUUGUACAAUUAUUAAAUGAAGUAGAGCAAGAUAGCAUAGCAUCAACAAGCAAUAGUAGUAGUUUGGGUAUAGAUAGCAGUACAAACUCUACUACCACUACAACUACCACAACAAGUACCAGUUCACCCACUUCACCAGUACUCAAAAGAGUCAGUAGUGGAGGUAAAUUAAACACAUUAAAAAAAUCACCUUCUUUAGAGGCAGCAAAUAAUAGCAGUAGAUUUAAAUCAAAGACAAAACCAAAAUUAAAAAAAUCAAAUUUUUCACGUCAAGAUUUUGUACAUCAUCACGAACAAAUUACAACUGGUCUAUUAGAGGAUAUUAGAACUAAUUUAUUAUUAUUUUUCGAUGCAUCAUUUGGGUGGUUAAGAUCAACAAUCUCAUCAAUUCUAAAUAAAAUUGGAGGAUUCAGUAUCAGAUCAUUCACAGUGUUUUUAAUUACAUUCCCAUUUUAUUUCCCAUACUAUUUAUUUUAUAUUAUUACUAGUCCUUUUAUAUUAUUUUCUAAAAUUAGAUCAUUUAUAAAAAGUAUUGGUCAAGUUAAAAAAUUACCAAAUAAAAUAAUUUCAGGACAGGAGUUGGAUAUUAGAACAGUUAAAGAGAUUAUAGAACAGUCAGGAUAUCCAUACGAGAAGCAUUAUGUUACAACAGAAGAUGGUUACAUUUUAGAGUUAGAGAGAAUUCCAAACAAAAAAUCAACCAACGUUUUAUAUUUACAACAUGGUGUAUUUGAUAAUAGUUUUGCUUGGAUUGCAACAGGUCCUGCCCAAUCUUUAGCUUUUGCAGCUUACGAUCAAGGUUAUGAUGUAUUUUUAGGUAAUCUUCGUGGUAAUGGUGAUAGACUACAUCAAAAUAGUAAAAUUUCUUCAAAGGACUACUGGGAUUUUUCAAUGAAUGAACAUGCAUUUUUAGAUAUACCAGCUUUUAUUCAAAACAUUAGAAAAAUCAAAAUUAAAGAGCUGUAUAGUAGCAAUAAUGGUAAUGGAGGCAUUAGUGGUAGUGGUAGUAAUAUAAAUACAAAAGUAAAUUUAACAAGCAUAUCAGAUGAUAAGGCAUCCACCUCAUCAACAACAAACUCUACAUCUACCUCAUCAACAGGUUCACAAUCAAAAGACAACUCAAGUACUAAUGAUGGUCAAAACAGCGAUGGAAUUAAUAUUAGUGCAAUUGCACAUAGUAUGGGAGCAGGUGUUUUGUUGAUGUAUAUUGUCAGAAGCAGAAUGUUAAACAAGUCACAUUAUCUUUCCAAAGCCAUAUUAUUAUCGCCUGCAGGUUAUCAUAAAGUAGCACCCAAGAUUGUUGACAUAUUAGCACCACUAAUUAAUAUCUGGUUAUAUUUAUAUCCACUUCAUGUCUUUAGAUUCCCUAAUCAAACCAUAAAAGUUUUAGUUGCAAAAAUCUACCACGAUGUUAUGAGUAACCUUCCUGCUAAAGAUCUUUUGGUUUAUUUAGUUUCAAGAUAUCUUUUAGGUGGUGAUAUGCGAAACCAUCCAUUAACAACUGUACAUAAUAUUGCCUAUAAUACUUUUAAUGGUACAUCAGUUGGUAUUUAUAGACAUUUUUGGCAAAUUAGAAGAUCAAAAAAAUUUGAAGCUUUUGAUUAUGGACCAAAAAAGAAUUUAGAACUUUAUGGUACCGUGGAACCAUUAAAUAUUUUAAGUCAUUAUAAUUUAAUUGAUAUACCAAUUCAUUUUGUAAUGGGACUAAAGGAUAAUUUAAUUGAUCCAGUUAAUAUCAUCAAACACUAUACAACAUUAAAGAGAUACAACCCUCAACUAGCAUUUUUAAAAGCAAGCAAGAAUGGUCAUAUUGAAUUUACUCUUGGUUUAGAUGAUCAAAUUAGAUCCUAUAUUUUAAAUGUUUUACAUAUUCCAACAAAUUCUAAUUCCAACACAAAUACAAAUACAAAUAGUCAAUAUAAUAAUAAACAAAUAAAUGAAAUAACAACAAAACCAAAAUCACCCAACUCUUCACCAUUAAAAAAAAGUAGCAGUUCAAAAAAAAACCUCCUAUUAGUUAAAAACUAUUGA